UCGCCGCCGUCCGAUUGGGAAGAGAUGUACAAUGUGGUCAGGAAGAUGCGCGCGCCGGGUGGUGCCGCCUACGGUGCAGCCGUGGACACAAUGGGCUGCGAGCGUCUGGCGGAUAGGAACGCCUCACCAAAGGAUCAGAGACUGCAUUCGCUGAUUGCGCUGAUGUUGUCCAGCCAGACAAAGGAUACGGUGACGGCUGUAGUGAUGAGGAAACUACAGACCGAACUGCCGGCGUACAAACCGGGUGCUCCGGUGGGCUUGAAUCUGGACAAUUUGCUGGCAGUGGAACCCAAUAUGCUCAAUGAGAUGAUUUGGGCGGUUGGCUUUCACAACAACAAGACCAAGUACAUCAAAAAGACCGCCGAGAUCCUCCGCGACGAAUGGAACGGCGACAUCCCCGAUACAGUGGAGGGCCUCACGUCUCUACCCGGCGUCGGGCCCAAGAUGGCCUAUCUCUGCCUAUCGGUAGCCUGGAAUCGCACUGAAGGUAUCGGCGUCGAUGUACACGUCCAUCGCAUCACCAACAUGUGGGGGUGGAACAAGACUAAGAAUCCCGAGGAGACGCGGCUGGCCCUGCAGUCAUGGCUACCCCACGACCGCUGGCGUGAGAUCAACAGCCUGCUGGUUGGAUUGGGGCAGGCCGUAUGUCUCCCCGUAGGCCGGCGCUGUGGUGAAUGUGAUUUGGGACUGCAGGGGCUCUGCAAAGCGGCCGAGAGGAAGAAGGUUCUCGAGGGGAGGAGGGUCAAG